AUGCUUCUCCCAACGGUUGUCUUGCUUUUGGCUUCAUUCUGCAACGCUGAAGAGCGCUCCAAUCCACACGAAACUACCUUGGCACCGCGCGCAGUCAAUAUCUUAAUACCAACAGUGACUCUUGCACCAGUGACCAACUUCAAUCAAUCACUCCCAGCGGGCCUCUUCGUAAACGUGACAGGCCCUCAGAUAGAAUUCAUAACAGAUGUCCCCAGUCUGAAUGGAGAUGCGUUACUUGCUCUUGGACCGGACGCUGCGGCGGCGUUAGAAAUAGCCUAUCAAGAGAAUUGUCCCAACGGGCUAGACAGUCCAAAUUGCGAAACCAGCCUACAGCUCGCCUUGAACGUCGACCAGCCAAACCUCCAGAAACGCGUGGUCGUAUUUCUUGUCCCCAUCCUGGUUGAGGGAAUGGCUAUAGAGUUUGCAGAGAUGCGGAAACAGGAGAACGCAAUCAGCAGAAUCAGAACGCCUAGUCCCAACGUUGCGAUGCUAUCGUCGGUCCAAGGUAGAAAAACUGUUGUGUUCGCAACUCAGACAGACGGUGGCAAACUGAUAACGGCAGUACCAAGCCCAACGGUCGAUAGCACUAGUCAAUUUUCUGUUGCUACCGUCACGGUUGGCAGCAGCCUUGCCCAAAAGGGUGACCUGAUCUUCGCAAUGCCAUCCGAGGCCGGGUUUGCUCUAAGCCAGUUCGUGCAAACGUACGGCCGGUGCACUGUAACAAGGAAGCGAAGCUGCGACCCAUACGAGACUGCAGGGUACGUAGCUGGGCAGGCCAUAGCAGAGGUGAAGCCCGGAGGUGUCACGAAAGACCUGAUCACCAUGCCUACUGACAUCUCAUUCGGGGAUCUCAUUCAGCCGCUGGCGGCGCCGCUUCCGCAGGUGGUACUGUUCGGCAGGCAGGUCACCGCGUUGGCUGCGGACUCUGCCCUUCUCAUCAUUGUGGCCGCCUUCCUUCUUCUAGCUGCCUACGCUGAGCUUACGACCACAGCGCCCGGUCCUACCCGGUCGAUCAUACCCGCGAGCGACUUCUCGACGUCUCGAAUGCCUCAACGGACAGGAUCAGAAUGUCCGCAGCACGUACCCAACUGCAGCAACUGUGGCGGAAACAGCUACAUCCAACCAGACCCCUUACACACCAACGGGAACUGUGUCGGUAUCAAAACUACUAAGUAUAACAACUUUGCUGCAGGCUGCGUCUGUGUGGACCCGAUCGACCCGCCGGGGUUCCAGCCAUAUGAUGACAGCGAAGCCAUCAGCGAAGCGCAAGCCUUCCUGGUCGCCAUGGCUGCCGACGGAACAGGAGGGGCCAUUUCCACGAGUGGCUCUACCACGAUUUCUGCAUCAAGCUCCCCUUCCGCGAGCCCGGCUAAAGCCUGCAACAACGGCGUAUCGUAUGAUUGA